UCUAAGAUAGCCCUCCCUCACAAUUAUGGCAAAUUCCUAUUCAGCUAGUAAAAGUGUUCCCAUGAUUUCCAUAAUGCUGCUACUAGUGGUGCUAAUUUCAAGCUUAAAGAAAGCAGAUGCACAAAUUGGAGUAUGUUACGGAAUGUCGGGAAACAACUUGCCACCACCCCAAGAAGUCAUAUCACUCUACAACCAAAACAACAUCCGCCGAAUGCGCCUCUACGCCCCACACCGACCCACUCUCCAAGCCCUCCGCGGCGCCAACAUCGACCUCAUCCUCGGCCUCCCCAACGACGACCUCCAAAGGAUCGCCUCAAGCCAAGCCGAAGCCAACUCUUGGGUCCAAAACAACGUCAGAAACUACAACAACGUCAGGUUCAGAUACAUCGCCGUUGGAAACGAGAUCAAAACCUCCGACUACGCCGCUCAGUUCCUCGUCCCCGCCAUGGAAAAGAUCCAAAACGCGGUCUCUGAGGCAGGUCUGGCCAACCAAAUCAAGGUCUCCACGGCACUCGACACCGGCGUCCUCGGCGAAUCCUACCCUCCGUCAAGAGGCGCGUUUAGGUCGGACUACUCACCGAUCAUUAACCCUUUAGUACGCUUCUUGGUUAACAACAGAUCACCAUUGCUCGUCAACUUGUAUCCUUACUUUAGCUACAUUGGCAACACGAGAGAUAUUCGUCUUGAGUAUGCACUUUUCACGACGCAAGCGGUUGUGGUGCAAGACGGGCAAUUCGGGUAUCGGAAUCUUUUCGAUGCCAUCUUGGAUGCUGUUUAUUCUGCCUUGGAGAAGGCCGGUGGAGGGUCGCUGGAGGUCGUCGUGUCGGAGACCGGUUGGCCGUCCGCGGGCGGGACGGCAACGUCGUUUGAUAACGCGAGGACUUAUGUUAGGAACUUGAUUCCGCAUGUGAAGGGUGGGACUCCGAAGAGGCCAGGAAGGGCUAUUGAGACUUAUGUGUUUGCCACGUUUGAUGAGAAUCAGAAAAGUCCGGAAUAUGAGAAGCAUUGGGGGCUUUUCUUCCCAAACAAACAGUCUAAAUAUGGAAUCAGUUUUAGUUAAGUGAUAAGUGCGCGCGUUUAUGUAAUAAAUAAAUAAAAGCCGGCCGAGCAGAGGCUGACGAAUUAAAUAAGUUAAAGUGCACCUUGUCAUAAGUACGUCUCCUUUUACCAAACAAACAAUCUAAAAUGUGUUGC